AUGACGAACCCCCGGCUGGAGUGCAUAUUAGUGAACAAUGAAGUUCAUGUUCCCUUCCCCUUCCCUGAAAUAUUUAAGUGCCCGUUUUGCUAUAGGGAAGGGGCUGCUUUACAAAAAGGGUCGGGCGCGUAUCAGAGGCACGAGGAUCUUGGAAAGCACCUCCGCAUAAGACAUCAAGGCGUGACCCGGCGAUUCGUGUGCAGCAGAUGCGCCUUCACCGACGAUAGCGCUUAUGCGAUAAAGAAGGUGAAGGCGCAUUUCGCUGCCGCGCACCCGGGAAGUGCAUCUCCUCGUGCCUCUGGGGCGCGCCCGUCUCCGAUCGCGGGUAGUAGCAAGAACAAAGAAAAGGAGAAAGAAAGAGAAAAGGAAAAUGAGAAGGAACUAGACGAAACCGGGGGGGAUAUCACCGAGUCGCGAUCGGUUAGAUUAGACGAGGCAACUGCCGAAUUGACGAGGGAGGCCCCCUCCCCGCUUACCGCUGGACAAACGACCACACUAGGAACCAUGUCACGCCGUACGAACACAACGACAGCGACAAGCGCCCGGAGCACCGUGGCUGCUGGGAAGAAGCCGGUAAAGAAGAGCUUGACGGCAAGGUCGGCAACAACGAAGUCGGUAACGGGGAAAACUAACUUACUGACGAGCUGGGCCGUCGGUAACACGGGCAAGACGACGACGGCAGCGACAUCCAGACGCAGCGGAACGCCGUCCAGUCCGCUAGAUGGACGACCCUCGGCAGCGGCGAGCCCCAUAACACCGUCGACCACACCGACAUCGAGGAAAACAACCCCGAAAGAAGCAACUGGCAGGACCAGGG